GUCAUCAUCACGUCUUCAUUGCCAUAUUGAGUUUUUGGGCAAAAUUUUUGAGAUGUUAUGUAAAUAAAACUGUUCAUAUUUUAUGAUUUUUACCUAUUUCCUUGAUAACUAUGACAAGUUCCGUUGCAAUAGCCGUAGCCCUUUUCUUACUUUUAAAUGAUGUUACUUUGAUAUAUGAAGGCCAGUUAAUAACAGAGAAGAACUUCACAGAAUGUAUGAUUUAUCUACUCUCUGUCUGCGUAUUACUAAGGCGGUUACAAAUAAUGCCUAAAUUCAUGAGGAAGUUCCACCUCGAGAUCCCGCUAACAACGAUACUACUAGAAUUAUCCCUAGUCUACACAUGGACCUCAAUAGAGCAACUAGUGGAGGAAAGCUCAGAACAAUUACUACAGAUGCCCGUAGGGGCUGAGCUGGAAUGGCUGUUCUGUAAGCUGCGAUGUGGGAAGAACCUGACAUUUCCGAGUAUGAUGCUGAAGAUUUUCAGUUUCGUACUUCUACUUGGGGUGUGCCGCUUUCGGGAUAAAUAAAGUCAAAUGGUUAUUACUUAUA